AGCUGAAGUGCGCCAUGACGUAGCGCGGCUGCGCUGACGUCACCGUCUCUCUUCUCCGGUUAUGCGCGCGCGAAAGUAGCGAAGUGAAAUCUCACGAGCUCGCACUGAUCAAAACCAACAGAUACUCUCUCUAAUCGAAAAACAUCUGCAAAAACCAUGGCGGACACAAAGGAGGCACAAGAUGAGCAUGAACCAUCCACUGAGAACGUUGAGGAAUCCAACCAUGACCCUCAUUUUGAGCCCAUCGUCUCACUACCCGAGCAGGACGUUAAGACCUUAGAAGAGGAUGAGGAGGAGCUUUUCAAGAUGAGGGCAAAGUUGUAUCGUUUUGCCAGUGAGAACGACCCUCCUGAGUGGAAGGAGCGCGGGACAGGUGAUGUCAAACUUCUGCGACACAAAGAAAAGGGCUCCAUCCGCCUUCUCAUGAGGAGAGAUCGUACCCUCAAAAUCUGUGCCAACCACCACAUUAUGCCGCUGAUGGAGCUGAAGCCCAAUGCAGGCAGUGACAGGGCCUGGGUGUGGAAUACACAUGCCGACUUUGCAGAUGAAAAACCCAAAGCAGAGAUGCUGGCUAUUCGAUUCCUUAAUGCAGAAAAUGCACAGAAGUUCAAGAUGAAGUUUGAUGAAUGCAAAGAGGAGGUCAGGAAGUUUCUUGAAGGAAGCAUGAACAGCGCUAACAAAGUGGCAGAGAAGCUGGAGGAGUUGUCUGUGAACGAUGACAAAACAAAGAGUUCAGAGGACAAGAAAGAAGAGGCGAAGAAAGAGGAGAAGGCUGUUGAGGAGAAGAAAUGAGCCCAGGAACGUCGCUUCAUAUGGAUCCUCCACUUGCCAUUUUCCCCUUUUCUACAACAGACUCUGAAAAUGAAAAAUUGGACACUUUUUUUUUUUUUUUUUUCCUUUUUGGCCUCUUGACUUCACAAGACCUUGGUGCCACUCUUAAAUGCGUCCAUUUCUCAAACUUCAAGAUGUUGUGAGCUUUUGUCCCAUUCACGAACUCCCAUAUCGCCCUUCAUUUUCUCAUACAUUGUGGACCAGUCGUCAGUCAUCAUGUAUUUGUGUAUUUACACGACAUGCAAUGAUACAAGGCUUGUGCUAUUGAUUGAUUCCCACAUUGGGUAACCUCUUUUGUUGUUUUUUCUUUCUUUUGUACUUUACUUUAAAGAGUUAUAUUGCGAGUGUCUAGAUGAGCACUGUCUGAUAUGAAAGCGGGCUGUAUGAGAGUUGAUAGGGAGUAUGAGUAUCUGAGAUCUUUGACUUUUCCUUACAAUAAAGUCACACGAGGAAUAUUUGACUUCUCUGUGGCUUGAAUUCACGCUUGAGUAGCAUAAUUUUUUUGGCGGAUUGAAAGAAAAUAAAAUGUUAGGGAUGCUCCGAUCGAUCAGUUGGAGAUCGGUAUCGGCCGAUAAUCACAUUUUAUAACUUAAUCAGUACUUACCGAUCACAGGUGUUUGUUCUCGGGUUUCCUCGCAGAGAUAGAUGCACAUGCACUCAACAGCGCUACAACACCUGAGGAGGUAAAUGAUGUGUGAGGGAUGAGAGUGAUCAUGGCGAUCCCAACACAGCAGCUAAAAUACAUACAGAUGUGGUGCGGCCUUUGUUUAUAGUUUGUUGGCGUGCCUUAGGCGAGUGAUGGUGUCUGAGUCUCUUGCAGCCAAUGCAUAUCCAGUGUUUUGAGCUGCUGUGAUGCAAGUAAAGCAGUCUCCCCUAUGGUGUCAUCCAACCAUGUAAGCUCCACUAUAUACAACAGCUUCAUGACACCCACAAUUAGGUAAAAUGCCCCAAAAUCAUGGAGCUGAGAUGACAAUUAAAAAAGGAAUCUAUUAUUUUCUGCAAAGCUCAUUCUGACCAAGACAUGUCCACACUAAAUGCUUAUAAGACGCAUGUUUAAGGGAUUAUAUACAGCAUCUUUCAUUUAUUCUCCAAGGUAAGAGAUUUGCACUGAAGUAUCAUAUUGGUCACCAUGUACUUUGUGUUGGCUGCAAAAGUCCUGAUUGGAGCAUCCCUAAUGAAAUGUGCUCCAUCGUGAUUAACUGAUGGAAGUCUAUGACAAAGAUAGACUUGAUAUGUACAACAAAGAUAUGUAAAACAAAGAUAUAAAGAAUGGUUGACAAUUCUCUCUGGUGUGGAAAUGCCGGAGGGUUUAAAGUGGGAUGCUUUUUAAGAACAGAAAGAUAAGUGAAUAUAUUAGGUACUGUAUCACUAAUUAAAUGCAAUUUUCAUUCCAUAAAGUUUGUCGGAACUUAAAUAUGAAGACUGCAUGUAUGAUCAUUUGGGCUUUUAGUCACUGUUUUUCUUUUAUUUUGAAUGUAAAAAAAUUUAGAGGAUGCUGUUUUGAAAUUGUGUGAUGAUGAUGAACAGCAAAUUUUCCACAUUCCCAGUUUUGAGUGGUUUUGAUAAAAAAACAGGGUCGUUUAAAUUGCAUUUGGCGUAUGAUGAGUGAAUUAAUCUCACAUUUUAUAGUGCUAACUAAUACAUCAUGUAAAAGGGUUGAGAUCAAACCAAAUUAAAGACUGGUGCUUUUA